AAGGACACCCCUCCUUUCAUUAAAGUCAGUGACCGUGGUGUAAGCAUCAAAAUCCUUGAUCAAGGAAUGCUGCUAGAGAGAAUUCCAUGGCUGGCUCCAGAAUGUGUAUCUGACCCCAAAAACCUAGUUCUAGAGUCCGAUUGUUGGAGCUUUGGGGUCACUUUAUGGGAGAUCUUUAAUGAUGGUAUUGUUCCCCUGAAUGCAGAAGAACCAGAGAAGAAACUACAGUUUUACAAGGAACAGCUAAAGCUUCCAGCUCCACACUGGAUAGAGUUGGCAAGCUUAGAGCAGCAGUGCAUGUCCUACAACCUCGCCUUAAGACCAUCAUUCCGU